AUGCUUCAAACUCUCGAUCUCAUGGCGCGUGCCGCGCUCGCCCUGCUGCUCGCGCUCCCCGUCUCCUCCGGCUUCCAGUUCGACCGUCUCGACCCCGAGGUGGUCGCGACCCUGCAGCACGAAGACCUCUCCACGGCCUGGGGCAGCGACAUCGGCCCGAAUGCGACCUGGUUCGCGGCGCACGUCGCGCGGCGCGAGGUCUUCCUCGCGCGCGGCGGCGGCGCCUACGCGCCGGACGAGCUCGCCACGCUGCGGAGCGCGCUGCUGGCGCCCUUCGUGAGCGACGGCGCCGCGCCGCGCACCGCGGUCAAGGGCGACGGCGGCGGCGAGCCGUUCGGCGGCGACGCCGCGGCCGCCGCGCUGCUCGCGGGCCUGGGCGCGCCGGAGCCGGUGGCGUCCGACGCGCGCGAGGAGCGCAUGUCCGUCGUCGCGCGCCUCGAGUACCUCUUCGGCGUCGACGCGUCGGAGCGCGCGGCGACGGCCGCCGUCGAACGCCUCUUCCCCAAGCCCGUCUUCGACCUCGACCGCGGCGACACGGCCCACGUCUACGUGUCCGCGCCCGGCGCCGCGGCGCUGGCGAACCACACGGACCUCAACGACGUCGUCGUCUUCCAGAUCGCCGGGGCCAAGGCCUGGCACGUGCACGCCGUCGCCAAGCACGGCACGUGCGCGACGUACGACGCGAGCGAGAUGUCGGGCCUCGAGGUCUGCGACGACUUCGAGCUCGGGCCCGGCGACCUGCUCUUCCUGCCCCAGGGCGCCGUGCACAGCGCGCGCGCGACGGAGGCGGAGGGCUCGACGCACCUCACGCUCGGCCUCGCCGGCACGCGGGCCGCGGUCUGCGACGAGCAGGCGCCGGCCGGCGAUCUCAUGGCCGAGUUCCGGCGCCAGCUCGACGAGGGCGACCUCGGCCUCUGCGACAUCAGCAGCACCGGCUGCCCGCCCAACACGUACAGCAGCAGCGGCUACUACGCGGGCAAGGACUGCCAGGACUGGCCCUACCUGUGCGGCGGCAGCUGCGACAACGGCUGCGACGAUUCCCACAGCGGCUGCGACGACGAAUGCGACAGCUGCUGCACGUGCACGAACUGCGAGGACUGCCCCGGCGGCCGCUACAGCUCCGGGUCCGCGACGGGCUGCGCGGCGUGCCCGCAGGGCACCUACACCUUCGGCGGCGAGGACUGCACGUCCUGCCCCGCGGGCUACUACGGCGCCUCGUCGGGCCUCGACGCGAACGCCGGGGCCUUCGUCGCCCUGGGCGCGGGCCGCGUCUGCGCCGACUGGACGGAGUUCGCCGCCUACUGCCCGAGCGACGCGGGCGCCUGCCGCCCGGAGGGCUACGUCUGGGGCGGCGGCUACGUGGCCACGGGCAUCUUCACGAGGGUCGCGGGCUACUGGGAGAGCUGGAGCUCCUUCGAGCGCUACUGCCCGGACGUGUCCGGGGGCUGCGGCUACGGCUACGACACGGACAACGCGCUCGGCCUCCCGGCGUCCGUGAGCCUCGAGGGCUGCCAGGACCAGUGCAUGGAGGCCGGCUGCGACGCCAUCUACUGGUCCCAGGGCCACGGCUGCGGCAACUACUUCGGCGGCCACCUCCAGGGCGACGACGACAGCGCCGGCCAGGUCGAGUACUACGAGUUCUCCACGACGGACGCGGGCGACAGCCUCGAGGCCUGCCAGGACCUCUGCACGAGCGAGCAGUGCGACGGCAUCUACUUCGACGCCGACGACUCCACGGGCUACGGCUGCGGCCUUUAUUUUGGCUGCGCGCCGUCGAACGGGAACGCGCAGGGCAUGGACUACUACUACUGGAGCCACGGCUGCAGCGAGUGCGCCAGCGGGCGCUACUCGAGCGUCGACGGGGCGACGGGCUGCAAGAGCUGCCCGUCGGGCACGUACGCCGAGGCCGGCCGCUCGACGUGCACGACGUGCGCCGCGGGCAGCUACGCCGGGAGCGGCGCGUCCAACUGCACGGCGUGCCCCACGGGCUACGUCUCCACGGGCGAGACGGGCGCCAUCUCCCUCGAGACGGCCUGCACGCUCUGCGAGGCGGGCACGUACGACGCCGGCACCGAGUGCGUCACGUGCCCCGCGGGCACCUACAGCGGCGACGCCGCGACUGAGUGCACGGACUGCCCCGCGGGCCGCUACUCGGGCCACGACGGCGCGACGGGGUGCGCGGCGUGCCCCGGCGGCACGUACCAGGACGCGGCCGGCGCGACGGACUGCGUCGACUGCGCCGCCGACAACGACGACGGCGAGCCGGGCCACUACUCCACCUACUCCGACGGGGCCGCGUCGCAGGGCGAGUGCGUCUGCGAGACCGGCUGGGCGGGCGAGCUGUGCACCGUGACCUCGUGCUCGACCGUCGCGACGAUCUCGCUCGGCCACAUGCUCCUCAUGGCGAACCCGCUGACGCGCGCGUACAUCGGCACGACGGCGGCCGUCGACGACACGGUCACGGUGACGAACGACGUCCGCUCCGCGCUCCAGGAGUGGGACCUCGACAGCAACAACAUCCUGACCUACGCCGAGGUCACGGCCUGCCUCGCGACGUACCACGUCAACGUGACGAACCUCGACGACACGAACAACUACGUCUGGUCCGUCCCCGUGCCCGAGCCCAUCGUCGCGUCGACGGACGACUGCGAUACCGCGGACUCGCUCUACACCGUCUCCAUCGUGCAGGCCACGGGCGCCAUCUCGGACACGGACGACUUCAAGAUCCGCGCGUUCGGCAACAACGACGUCAAGCUGAGCUACAGCUGCGAGGUCUGGGACGACGACACGGGCACGGCGUCCGCGACGUUCCCGACGUCCUACGGCCUCCGCAAGAUCUUCUUCCUGGUCAAGUCCGACGACGUCGACGACGCGGCGAUCACGAUCACCGUGUCGCAGCCCAGCGGCAUGUCGAGCACCUGGGACGCGACGCUCUCGCAGGACGACAACGACGACUACUUCUCGUACACGAUCGAGACGGAUCAGAAGGAGUACUACACGAACGACGACGACGACUCGACGGUCCUGAUCACGUCCAUGGUCACGAGCGCGAUGGCGUCGCUCCAGAUGUCCCAGACCUACUACUGGGGCGGGAGCACCUUCAUCGACUCCUACGCGGCGUCGUUCCCGUCGACGUCCGACUCGUCGGACGUCUGCGGCGCGAGCCUCGACACGCCCGUCGACGUCACGUGGGCCUACACGGAGGACGCGUACCCGGACCCGGACGACGACGCGGGCUCGAUCGUCUACCGCCAGUGCGGCUACCUCAACGGCAUCGAGAUGGACGACGACUCCUUCCCCUCCGACUACGUCGACGCGUCCACCGGCCGGUCCUACACGAUCUCCGACGGCCUGAGCAUCGCGCAGAUCGACACGAAGCGCAUCUACUGCAUCUACACGGAGUACGACGGGGACGGCGACGACGACGCGGACGCCGCGCUCACGUCCAUCAUCUGCAUGGUCGGCCUCCGCGUCCUCGGCGCGCCCCUCGACAUCCUGCCGGACAUGGGCAACGGCGCCGCGGGCUUCAACGGCGUCACGCUGACGUGGCUCGACACGUACAACAGCGAGGGCGAGUUCAACGUCUACCGCCGGUCCCAGGGCACGUCGGCGAGCUCGAACACCCAGGUCGCGGACGUGCUCGUGCCGAGCUCCAAGUGCGGCGCCACGGUCGCGCCCCUCACGUUCACGGACACGAAGACCGGCUACACGCCCGGUGCCCGCGUCGUCUACACCGUCGUCGCGAACCCGAACUGGGCCGACCAAGACACGGACAUGACCAAUUUCACGGGCACGACGGUCUACACCGUGCCCUGGCUCAGCCUCUUCACGGUGAGCGUCGUGACGUCCAGCGGCGCGGGCACGCCCGUGCCCGACGUCUACGUGAGCGUGUCCCACAUGCUCGACAGCACGACGAUGGACCCGAGCUACGACCCCGUCGUCUACGGCUACACGGACGUGAACGGCGACUACAGCCCGCUCAUCCGCAUCGUCGACGAGACGUGGAGCGCGUCGAAGCAGUACUUCAACGUGACCUGCAGCCUCGUCGACCCCGUGCUCGGGCCCCACGUCUUCAACCCGUCCUGGCAGGCCGUGACCUCGACGCACGUCUACGGCGGCAAUGCCAACAUCAAGGACGAGACGUCCGUCUCGGUCCGCGGCUACCUCCGGUCGGGGGGCGGCACGGACAGCUCGAACCCGGACCGGAACUUCGACAAGUACUGGGGCGACUGCGGCGACCAGAUCCUCCCCUCCUGGGAGCCCGAGGCCACGGCGGGCCAGUGCUACUGCGCGCUCCCGUCGGGCCAGACGAUCUACAUGCUACGCGAGAGCGGGUCGACGGACUCGUACUCGACGGACGACCUCGGCUACUUUGAGUUCGCGCCGAUGAUCGGCGAGCUCGUCACCGUGUACUUUGAAGGCUACGCCGGGAGCGACAACAACACCGCCAUCGACUUCAAGGUCUCGACCGACGUCGACGACGACGACGCGGUCGUCCAGACCAAGGUCGCGGCCCCGUCGAUCACCUUCACGACGGACGGCGACGCGAACGUGGACUUCGUCACGAGCACGUGGAUGUACAUCACCAUCUCGCUCCUCGGCGGCGCGGCGGGCCAGGAGUUCAUCACGGGCCAGGGCUUCUCCGUCACGGCGGACAGCUGCGGCUUCGAGAAGGAGCUCGUCACCUACAUGGGACUCGACACGGUCAAGGUCUUCCCGCUCGAAUCCUACACCGUGACCAUGUACGAGAGCGAAGACCUCGACGGCGAGACGCUCGAGAAUUGCGAGGACUACUCCUACGACGACAUCGUAUCGAACGACGACGAUUCCGUCGACGUCAACCCCUGCCGCGUGCCCAUCCCGGGCUUCUCGGGCAGCGACCGCCUCCCCUGCGCCGUCUCCGAAGCGGGCUCGAGCAACAACCGCAUCGACCAGUGGUUCAAUGACCUCUACCUCAACGAGCUGACGGGCGUCGACAUGUCCAACGGCGACGUGCAGGAGAACUUCACGUACACGGCGCCGAUCUGCCUGAGCUUCGUGGAGCUGCUGCCGCUCGUCAGCGGCGAGCUCACGCCGAUCGAGUACGAGAGCACCGACGACGAGCGCGACGCCACGACCGAGCCGUACAACAACUGCGGGUCGACCGGGGCCUGCUUCUCCGAGUACCCGGACUACAACGAGCUCCUCCUCCUCGACGCGCCGGCCGCGACCAUCUCCGACGACAACGAAUACGGCGGCCCCACGUGCAUCAACUCGACGUCGAUCUUCGUCAAGGAAGAGGACAACCUCGUGCUGAGCUUCAAGCUCGUCGAGCGCUACCCCGGCGCCGUCUGCGCCUGGCCCUGGCAGUACAGCGAGUACGCGUCCGUCGACGGCGACGACGACGAUUACCAGAACACCUGCGGGAGCGACGGCGCGCCCGUCUCGCUCACGGACGACAACGUCUACGUCGAGGCCGCGCCGACGAACGGCGACGGGUUUGACAUCGACAUCACCCUCAACGACCGCAUUUCGGGCCUGACGACGACGAUCAGCGACGAGUACGACCUGACGGUCGACUACACGUCGAUGUACGACGGCUUCGGCUACGUCUACGAGCUGACGCCCGCCGCGCUCAACGUCUUCUCGCCCUACACGCUGCAAUUCAGCCUGGCGUUCUCCCGCGAGUUCGACGGCUCGGAGGUCGACUUCGACCGCGUCAUGGCCGUCCUGGGCACGGCGCCGGACAACGUGCCGCGGCUCUACGCGGCGACGACGGACCCGACGCUCAUCUUCGCCGUGAUCCGCGAUCCGCCGGGCGGCACGUCGUCGGUGAGCAUGGAGGAGGGGUCGACCCUGGGCGUGUCCAUGUCCAUCGCCGGCUUGCACGCGGGCGCCUACGGCUACGCGGAGGAACUCUCGGCCAAGAUGGGUAUCAACACGGAAGAAAAAAUAAUGAUCGCGCCGCUGGGCAUCGGCACCAGUACGACUGGUGAUAAGAUUGAAUUGAAGGCCGGCAUCAAGGGAGAGCAGGACUCGACGGUGACGACGGUGACGCGCGAGAACACCAAGUCCUUCGAGUUCGAGUUCGAGUUCACGACGGGCAUCUCGACGAGCGGAGACCCCUUCGAGGCGGGCCAGCCGUCGGACCUCAUCGUCGGCGGCGGCGCGAACCUGCGCAUCCUCUCCGCGACCCAGGUCUACGCCUACCUGUCCGACAAGAGCGAGGCGGCGACCGCGUACAACGACGACCCGACCGAGGGGCCCCAGUACUGCGUCGUCACGCAGAACACCUACGAGUGGUUCCCGGAGACGGUGACGACCUACGUCCUCAGCGCGAGCCAGAUCGAGCAGCAGAUGACGCGCCUCGCCAAGCAGAAGACCGACGCGGACUGCUCGGAUUCCACGAGCUGGUACGCGAGCGGCAACCCGUCCGAGGACUGCGACUACGUCGCCGAGUACGCGAGCAACGACGACACGGCCCAAAGCCGCUGCCAGCUCACCGACGACACCGGCGUCAACGCGUCGUCGGCCUGUCCCAUCGCCUGCGACACGUGCCCGUCGACGUCGCUCAGCGCCGCCGAGCUCGAGGAGAUCCAGCAGGCCAUCGACAACUGGCAGACGGUCCUCAAGAACUACCGCGCCACGAGCGAUCGCGACGAGGUCGCGACGCUCCAGACCCACAUCAACUCGAUCCUCUCGAGCAUCUCGUCGACCUUCACGACGUUCCUCAGCGACUCGGACACGACGAGCACGUUCACCGACUUCCUCAACACGGGGCAGCUCUACCUCGAGUCCGUGCGCGUCGUCGGCGGCAUCACUCCCCUGUAUUCGUACGUGCAGAUGCUCACGCAGGCGGAGUACCUCGGCGCCGUCCUCAUCGACACGAAGGCGAACUGCGAGAGCGGCUCGCUCUACGGCGACGAGACGUGCGACGUCUACAGCAAGAUGCAGUCGAGCCUCGAGAUGGUCAAUAACCUCCUGGGCAUCUGCGACGACUUCGACAUGGUCACCCUGCCGUCCUUCACGGCGUUCUGCUCCGUCCCCGAGAACAACGGCGACGACCUGCUGCCCAACUACAUGCUCGACACCGUCGGCGACGGCACGCGCUACAUCACCUUCGGGGCCGGCGCCGAGAUCGAGAUGGAAUACGCGUUCACGCAGACGUCGACGCUGGAGCAGGUCGUCGGCUACGCCGCGGAGGCCGAGUUCUCGGCGUCGCUCUUCGCGGAGAGCAAACUGAACAUCGUCGGCGCCGAGACGGAGGAGGAGAUGGCGCUCACCACCAAGGGCUCCGUCGCCGUCGAGCUCGGGCGGUCCGGGGAGAAGAGCCAGGCGCGGAGCCACGCGGUGUCGAUCUCGCUCGGCGACGAGGAGACCGGCGACGUCUUCGCCGUCAAGAUCGAGACGGACACGGUCUACGGCACGCCCAUCUUUACGACCAUCGGGGGCGAGUCGACGUACGGCUUCGAGGUCCAGGAGGGCGCCACGUCCUGCGAAGGCCAGGUGCCGGGCGACGCGAUCUACUUCGGGAUCAUCCUGCAGAACACGAUGGAAAUCGACCAAGUUACCGCCGACUACCCGGUCAAUUUCAACCUCCAGGUCGACCAGGUCUACGCGCCCUGGAACGCGGGCAAGGACUACUACGACGCCGACAACGACGGUUGCGGGUCCGACGGCUACCACCUCGGCCUCGACAUCACCGUGAUGGACGGGUCCGGGCGCGGCGCGGGCGACCUCGCGCAGUUCGCGAACGGCAUCGAGUUCGGCCAGUGGGAGUACAUCCUCAAGAUCGAGCACGGGCCCGACACGGCCUGCGACGACUAUACGGGCAUCACGAUCUCCAUCUACACGUCGUGCGCCGCCGACAGCUGCACGCAGUACCAGGAGCAGCUCAACGACGACGGCAGCAUCACGGUCCUGCACCCGGUCUGGCACAACUCGACGUACUGCGACGGCUCCGACGACGAGGACUGCGAGAACAACGCCUGGGACGAGGACUACGAACCCUUCGGGUGCUACUACUCGCCGUCGUUCUCCAUCCCCAACUUUGGCUGGGACCGCUGCUCGUCGGAGCUCGGCCUCGAGGACGACGACACGUGGGUGGCGAGCGACUCCGGGGACACGUGCACGCAGGUCGGCGAAAACAAAGACUCGUUGUGCGGCGUGGACGGGACGAGCGACGCGGACGAUUUCGACGACGACGAGAUCGUGCCCGCCUACGACGCCUGCGUCAAAGCGUGCUGCGACUACGUCCCCGCCCUCGACACGCAGACGCGCCGCCGCCGCCGCCGGUCCCUCGCGGCGCUCGCGGACGACGCCAAGAUGCGCAAGUGGCUCAAGCGCGACGCGCGCGCCGCGCCCGCCGCGAUCCGCGAGACGUCGACGACGACCAUCAUCCACGAGAGCCGCCGCGAGCACGUCGUCGCGACGGCCGCCGCCGCCGUCGUGCUCGUCGCGUCGCUCGCCUUCGUCUACCAGUACUCGCCGCACUGGAACAUCACGGACCCCCAGUCGCUGGCGACCAGCGAGCGGCGGGGCAUGCUCGCGUACACGCGGUCGCGGGUCCUGGACAUCAUCGCCGUGGCGCCCUACGUGCUCGACGGCGUGCACGCGCUGUUCCGCAGCGGCACCGCGCGCGCGGCGCCCGUCGACUUCGAGCGGCUCCGCCAGAGCCUCUACACGCACGCGCGCGCCGUGGAGACCUCGUCGGCCUACUACGUCUACGCGGGCCUCGAGGACGGCACCUUCGCGGGCUACGAGGUCGCCCGCGGCGCCGUCGCGUACUCGCUGCUCCACGGCGGCGCGUGCCCCUGGAACUACAGCGCCGCCUGCGGCGGCGCCGCGGACGACCCCUGCGCAGAGGGCUACCCACCGGCCGCGCGGUGCUUCCGCACCUACGCCACGGACAACCACACGGGCGUGCCGCUCUGCGACCCGGCGAACGCGACGCCCGCGAGCGGCGCGACGCCGCAGCUCCGGCCCCAGGACGGCUGCUGGUUCGACAAUCACGCGAGCGACGACGCCUACGACCCGCGGGCCCGGCCCUGGUACGAGGCGGGCGGCGACGCCUUCGACGCGACGGGCGCGACGACCCAGUUCUGGAGCGACCCCUACCUCUUCAGCACGGGCGUCGUCGGCGUCACGGCGGGCCGCGCGCUCGUCUCCUCAAGCGACGGCGCGUUCGUCGGCGUCGGCGCGGUAGACGUGAGCUUCGACGCGAUCCACGCCGCGCUCGCGGCCUACGCGAUCGACGAGGGCGCGCUCGUCUUCGUCACGGACGCCGCGGGCAAGCUCGUCGAGGCGUCGGACCUCUUCGGCGCGGGGCCCUACGAGAUCAUGGCCCGGGACUCGAGCGACCCCGUGACGGCGGCGGCGGCGCGGCUCGCGACGACGCCGGGCUUCGACGACUGGCACAUGGCGGAGGCGAUCUUCUACGCGCCGCGCCCGCGCGCGUGCAGGGGGGGGGGGGGCGCCACCGCCGCCGCGCAGGUCGACGACCACCCCUACAUGCUCCUGCGCGUGAACGUCGACGACGCCUUCGGCUUCUCGUGGAACGCGACGGCGGUGCACAACGUCUACUGCCCCGACGGGCAGGGCCUCGACAUGGACGCGCUCAAGCGCGGCCCCGCCGCGUGCGCGUCGUGCGAGCCGCCGACGUGGAGCGUCGGCGACGCGCUGCACUGCGACUCGUGCACGCGCGACUAUUUCUUGGACGCGAGCGGGUCGUGCGAGAAGUGCCACCACGUCAAGGGGGUCGAGCCCUGCGACGCCGAGGGCGUGACCGUCGAGACGCUGGCGCUGCGGUCCGGCUACUGGCGGUCGUCGACCGACUCCCUGCGGACGGCGGCGUGCGACUUCGUCGACGACUGCCCCGGGGGCCGCGGCGGCGGCGACGGGCUCUGCGCGGGCGAGAGCCGGGGCCCCAAGUGCGCGCUGUGCGGCGCCGGCUUCGUCGCCGCGGGGAGCCCCGACGGCGAGAGCCUCGGCUGCGAGCCCUGCGGCGGCGCCGCGGGCUGGCGCCGCGAGGUCCUCGUCCUCGCGGCCGCCGCGGGGCUCGUCCUCGUCCUCGCGGCCGUCGCCCUGCGCCGCCGCGCGGGCCGCGAGGCCGCCGCCGCGUUCCUCGACCACCUCGACAGCCACGACGGCGACCCGUCGGCCCUCGUCGAGGACGACGCGGAGGACGCCGUCGAGGCCUCGAGCGUCGCGUGGCUCUGGAACGCGGUCCGCCCGAAAAUCAAGUGCGCGAUAAUCCUCUUCCAGCUCCUCGGCGACAUGGAGUUCGUGCUCGACGUGCCCUUCCCGCCGCUCUACAGCAAGGUCUGGAACGCCCUGGGCAAGGUCGUCAAUAUCGACCUCGUCGAGGCCGUGCCCCUCGGCUGCUCCUUCGGCUGGGGCUUCGGGACGCGGCUCGUCGUGACGACGCUCUGGCCCCUCGGCGCCGUCGCGGGCGUGUGGCUCGCGCUCGGCCGCCGGCGCGAGACCCGGGGCAAGGCGACGCACGCGUCCAUCGCGAUCCUCUACGUCGUCUUCCCGUCCGCGUCCCAGCUCCUCUUCCAGAGCUUCGUCUGCGAGAACUUCGACUACCCGCACUCCGACGCGUUCGCGCGCGUCCUCGUCCUCGACUACGCCGUCUCCUGCCGCUCGCCGAGGUACCACGCCAUCCGUUUCUACGCCGCGCUCUUCUGCGCCGUCUACCCCGCCGUGCCGCUCUUCUUCUUCGCGCUCCUCUGGCGUCACCGGGACCGGCUGAACCCGUACCUCGACUUCGCCGCGUUCGUGGACCUGGCGACGCCGACGGGCGGCGGCGGCCUCAAGGCCCUCGCGGCCUCCGACGACGCGGCCGCGCGCGAGUCGCGCGCGUUCCUCCGCGAGCUCGACGAGGCCGUGCCGCGCGCGAAGCAGAGGGUCCGCGACGGCUUUCUGGAGAUCGCGCCCUACAGCCUCCUCUACCGCGAGUGCGUGCUUUCGUCGCGCCGCGGCGCCGCGAUCAUCGUCACGCUCGUCUACAUCGUCGCGCUCGCGCGGCGCGUCGACAUGUCCGACGAGCCGCGCUUCUCGCGGGAGGUCUACCGCGGCCUCCUCUUCCUCUGCGGCGUCGUUUUACCGCUCGCGCUCAUCGCGCUCAUCGUCGCGCGCGUCGCGCGGCGCGCCGCCGCGGAGGGCGACGAGGUCGAGGCGCGCGACGCGCCCGCGGAGCGCGACGCGCCCGAGCGCCCGCGGUCCCCGCUCGAGCUCGAGGCGGCCGAGCGCGAGCCUCCGCCGGGCGACGACGGCGACGACGGCCUCUACCCCGAGACCACGAUCGCCUUCGAGGACAUCACGUUCCCCGAGGCCCUCGCCAACGCGCCGGCGAUGGGCAUCAACGGCUUCCUCACGUGGCACAAUCAGAUGAUCUCGGGCACGUUCUCGAGGAUGAUUGAGCCGGAGUAUGGCCUCUUCGUGUGGGACGACGGGGACGCGCCGGCGGAGCAGAAGACGCUGCUCGAGUACGUCAAGUGGGACGACAACGCGCCGGACACGCUCGAGGGCGAGUGCUCCUUCCUCUUCAAGGGCGUCCACGCGCUGCACAACGCGCGCCAGGCGCUGUUCCUCUUGCGCGGGGUCCUGCGCAAGCAGGUCCCGCGGGGCAUCUCCGGGCUGGACGCGACGUUGAUGCGCGAAGUCAAGUUCGAGGUCAAGACCGCCGACGAGUUCGACCUGCUCUUCAUGUCGGCGCGCGCCUCGCGCGACGAGCUCGUCGCGAAGAACCCGAAGAAGCAGCAGACCUACUCGGGCGACGUCGCGGUCCGCCGGAGGACCAUCUCGUACUCGUUCACGACGCUCAAGCAGUGGGCGGAGUACAUCGGCGCGGAGGGCGCGGUCUUCACGAAGCACGGGUUCGACGAGAAGCUCUGCGUCGGCGUCAUCCCCACGGGCGUGCUCAAGAAGGGCCUCGGCGACGACGACGCGCAGACGGCGUGGCACGAGGCCUGUGCGAAGCAGGGCUUGGUGCCCUUGGACGCGACGCGCGCGAUCAUCGGCGCGGAGAGCCUCCUGGUCUCAGAGGUCGCCCUGUCGCUCGCGGCGGACGCCAGGGACACGUGGAUCUACUUGCUCGACGAGGGGACCACGGACGACCAGCUCGAGUACUUCUACGCGUUCGCCGAGGCCGGCUACGCGACGAGCCCGCCCGCGGAGACGCGCACGCUCUGGGGCCUCAAGCUCCAGGGCCACUUCGGGUGCAUCCCCAAGACGCACAUCUCGUGGGAGAAGUCGAAGCUGGUCACCGCGUUCUUCAAGGAGACGACGAUCCGAGACUCCGGCGUGCCGCUCGCGGGACCGCACAGAGACCACCUCGCGAUCGCGAUGCUGGCCCUGCUCUUCCUCGCGCCGGCGGCGCUGGCCUUUGGCGGCGGCCCGAAGCGCCCGCGCGGCCUCGCCCUGCGCGCCGGCUCGGCGGCCGUCGAGGAGCGCGCGCCGGCGCUGACGCUCUACCGCGACACGAACGGCUGGUGCCCGUUCUGCGAGCGCGUCUGGGUCGCGCUGGAGAAGAAGGGCAUCCCCUACGACGAGGUGCUCAUCAACCUCCAGGACAAGCCCGACUGGUACAAGGAGAUCGUACCGACGACGCUCGUGCCCGCGAUCGAGUUCCACGACGACGCCUGGGACGCGUCGGCGCGCGGCUCGGGCCGCCUCGUCUGGGAGUCCGCGGACAUCCUGGCGGCGCUCGACGCCGAGUUCGGCGGCCCGGCGCUCGCCGGCGCGGAGGCGCCGCUCAUGAAGCGCGUGCUCGAGACGUCCGUGGGCUUCGUCUACGGGCCGUCGAACCGGACGGCGACGGAGCUCUUCCUCGCGGAGCGCGCCUUCGCCAAGGCGCUCGACGCGCUCGACGCGGACCUCGCCGCGCGCGGGCCCUUCGUCCUCGGCGCGGACCUGUCGGCGCGCGACCUCGAGCUCGUCCCGACGAUGGAGCGCUUCUACUACCAGCUGCGCGUGCUCAAGCCCGACUUCCCGCCGCUCGACGCCGGCCGCCCGGGCCUGGAGGCCUGGUUCGCCGCCAUGGACGCCGAGCCCGCCUACGGGCGCCGCGUCAAGGGCGACGCGUACUCGUGGACGGCCGUGACGAGCUCGUUCCUCCGCAUCUUCCGCAAGGACGACCCGGCGACGGCGGCCAAGGUCGCGGCGGCCGACGCCGCGGCCGCGGCCAUGCUCGACGCGUGCGUCGGCGACCGCGCGGCGCUCCGCGACGCGCCCGCCGUCGCCGAGGCGCGCGCCAAGCUCGCGGCGAACCGCGCGGCCGUCGCGCGCGACGCCGCGGACCCGGAGCCGAAGACGCAGCCGGGCGUACCGCGCGCCGCGGCCGUUGCGUCCGCGGACGCGGCCAUCGACGCGGCGCUCGACGACCUCCGGCCGCGGCGCCGCGUCGCGCGCGCGCUGCGCCGCGUCCGCGGCGCGGCCCCGCUCGACGACGACGCCCGCGUCGCCGCGGCGGCCAUCGCGGCGCGCGUGUGCGCGCCGCGCGACAUGUCCGCGCCCGCGGCCCGCGCGCUGCGCCACGUGCUCCUCAAACGCGCGUAA